AUCCCGGUGCAGCCUCAGGGCGAUCCCGGUGCAGCCCUCACGGGGAUCCCGGUGCAGCCUCAGGGGGAUCCCUGGCCCGCCGUCCCUCGCCAAAGCAGAUCCCGGUUUAAGGCAGAGAGUCCUGCCAGGCCUCUGCUGUUGGUGCAGAAUGUGUUUUCUGACUAACAGAGUCGCAGGGUACCGAGCUGGAAGGGACCCCCAGGAUCAUCCAGACAGCCCCCAGCCCUGCACAACACACACCCCAGCAAUCCCUCCCUGUUCUCACAGCGCUGUCCAAACGCUCCUGGAGCUCACGCUGUUCCGAAAGGUUCACAUUUAAGCACUUGGAUGGUUUCUGCUUCUGUGCUCACUCCUCUGCUUUAUUCCUGAAUGUAUUUUACUCCUUUGUUACUGGAGUUUCCUUCAUAAACUCUCUGCUGAGGAGCAUCCCUGGAUACCUCGGAGCCAGACCCAGCACAUCCCUGCCUGUGUUUGUUUGGUGAGGAUAAAUUAAGAAAUGGCAGAAGCAGUUUUCCACCCCCCAAGAAGGAAAAGGAGAGUUUUUGAGUCUUACGAGGCUCCCUUUCCUGUGGACGUAGGGGGGAAGGAUUUCAGACUAUGCCAGGCUGAGAUCAUUAACAACAAUGUGAUUGUGAGGAACCCCGAGGAUAUUGAACAGCUCUACAACAAGGGCUACUUUGGAAAAGGAAUCCUUUCCAGGAGCCGCCCAGUGUUCAGCAUUUCAGAUCCUCUGCUGGUGGCCAAGUGGAGAGGUGUUAAUACAAACAUGCCCAUAAUUACAUCUCAAAAGUACCAGCGCCGUGUGCAGUGGGCUAAAAGUGUCCUGCAGGAGCAGGGCCUCGACGACAGCUCCGUCACCAAAAUCCUGGAGAAUUACACCAAGCCCUUCUCCAGAGGGGAUGGGGCUGAACCAGCUGGGGACAGCUGCACCAGAGGGGGCCCAAACCCAGGAAAUACAGAACUGGGCAGGAAACCUGCUGGAACCCAAAGUCCUGAGGGUCAGAACGGGGGCUCCGAGGAGGGAGGAGAUGCAGCUGGGAGUGGCUCCAGGGACCAGGACCUGGGGGAUUCCAGGGAAAUGGCUGGAGAGUCCUGCCACAGGGACCCUCCUGUGCUCCGUGACUGCGAGGUGAAGCAGAGCCCUGAACAGAGGGCUUGGGAGGGGAUGGACUCAAGGGAAUGUGCUCCAGAAUAUGUGCUGGUGCAAGAGGAGGAAGAAGGAAGCUCCUGUCCUGAAGAUGACUCCACUCAUGCACAAGAGAACCUUGUCAAGAAGGAAGUAUUAGUAUGCAGAAAAAACCCAUUUAGGAUUUUUGAGUACUUACAACUCAGCUUGGAAGAGGCUUUUUUCUUGGUGUACGCUCUGGGAUGUUUAAGUAUUUAUUACGGUGAGGAGCCCCUGAGCAUCGUGAAGCUGUGGGAAGUGUUCAGUGAGGUGAAGCCUGAUUUCAAAACCACCUACAUGGCCUACCACUAUUUCAGGGGCAAGGGCUGGGUGCCCAAGGUGGGGCUGAAGUACGGCACGGAUCUCUUGCUGUAUCGAAAAGGGCCCCCCUUCUACCAUGCCAGUUACUCUGUCAUUGCUGAGUUGGUGGAUGAUAAUUUUGAAGGUUCCCUUCGCAGACCCCUCAGCUGGAUGUCCCUGUCUGGGCUGAACAGAACAACUGCAAACGCUUCCAAGGAGCUCAUGCUGUGCUAUUUGAUCAGGCCUUCUGACAUGACUGCAGAGGAGAUGUCAACCCCAGAGUGCAUGAAGAGAAUCAAGGUCCAGGAGCUGAUUGUGACUCGUUGGGUUUCCUCCCGUGAGCGCAGUGAGCAGGAAGAAUUGUAACUGCCUGCACAAGAAAAUCUCACUCUUUAAAAGCCACUUCUUGUUGUUUUUUACCUGAUCUCGUGAUGAACUGUUCCCUCAGAACAUUUUCUGCCAACAUGUUCACUUGGUGUGUAUAAAUGCUGUAUAAAAUGAGGUGUAAGAUGUUUACUGGAGAGAAUGUUUUACUGUAAAAUGUAAGUGAACUGAUGAAAGGGAAAAAAUUAAAUGUGUCCCAACUCAAAAUAUAAAAUAAAAUAUAAAAAGGUGCA